UUCAAGAUGUCUGCAACUCUGAGAGUCAUAUUUGGAGUAGACGACGCAUCAAAAUUAAUUCUGCCCAAUGGAAUACCCAAUUCCAUAGAGGACCUUAAAGGAGAGAUUGUAAGACACUUCGGCCUGUCUGGAAAUUUCAGGCUGCAGUAUAGAGACAUUGAUUUUGACAAUGAGUUUGUGAACUUAACAGAUACUUCAGAAAUCAAAGACAAAAGCACAGUUAAAGUUAUUAACUUGCCGGAUGAGACAAUCACACUCACACUCACUAAUGUUACGCAAGAGGAAGAUGAUUUUUUGCUGUCCUCAGCAUCAGACACAGACAUACUUUCCUCCGCUGAAUCUACAUCUUCAGGUACCUCCCUUAGAUCACAGCCAUGGCCCACAAACUUUGAAAUACCUCCGUUCAGUUAUGAGGUACAGAUUCAGUUAGAAAAGGCAAAACAAGCCUUCUGCAGCAGUGGAACUCUUCUUACAACAAGUAACAAACUGAGGUCCGAUAUACUAGACGGUCUGGCAGCAGAAAUCAUCAAAUACAAAGUUUAUCCUUCUAGUACAGAGCUUGAUAAUGUGGCUCAGGCUCUGAUAACAAAGUAUCCCUUUUUAAAGGAGAAAGGAUCUGUCACUGGCUUUUAUGGCUGGAAAAUUAGUUUAAAGUACAAAAUGGCAAACUACCGCACCAGACUAAGGAGCAUUGGCUGCCCCGAGUUGAGCAUCAACGCUGUAAAAGAAAAGCAAGGUGCCACGAGUCAUGGACCUAACCAGGUUAAGAAGCCACGUAAAGCAGAAGUCAACUAUUGUCCUGAUUACCCUGCAGGCGAAACUAAAGAGAGCCUCGAGGAAGAAAGGAAAGCACUUAUAUUGGAGGUGAAAAAGAAGAACAACCAACAGCUAAUCAAAAGUAAAAUGGAAAGAACCUUUGCCUAUAGAAGACAGGAAGUCGUUAAAGAUAUGCCCUUCAUAGCAGAGUUCAAAAACAGAUGGCCAGCCCUGUUUUCUGAGAGCCAGGUAAAUGCAGAAUUCACCCUCAUCACCACAGUCCCCCUGUUCUCAACCUUUAUGUCCCGACUGGAUCAUUACUCUAGCCAGCUAUUGAGGGUAUUCAAAAAGAAGGGGGGAACAGCAAGACGUGAUAUCGACGUAAUCAUUGCAGAAAUGGACAAGAAUCCCAGUGUUGAAGUACGACGGACAUGCAUCCUAAAGGCAUUGUGCGUCUACUUAAAUGAAAAGCCUGACAGCCUUAUUAAGGAGUACUGGGCUACUGAGGAUAUUGGUAUUGAUGCAAUGACGGAAAUGGAGAGACUGGCUUUGGGUGUCUACAUUGUUCGACAUGAUGGAGCGGAUGCUUCAGAUCCACCUGAGGAUGUUGGCGUCGUCAUUGAAGGCUGCACAGUGCUGCGAGAUCUGAGAGAGGUUGCAAAUGGAUGUGCAGUCCUGUUUGGCUUGAUCUACUGUUUAAACUUGAGCUAUCCCAAGGAACUGCGAUACACUUUCGAAUUUCUUCAGAAAGUGUUUAUGGAAUUGGAUGGGAACAAGCUCUCCACUAAAGUGCAGGUCCUCAAAAACAAACUGCAUGAGUAGAAUCACCUGCACCUGGCUUUAGACACUUUAGUUGUGUUGACUGUUACUUUGUUUUUGGACUGCUGCUAGACAAAAUAAAGCUGAGAUCAAUGAUGGUUUGUAAUAAGCAGACAGGACUGCAGUUGGUCAUCGACUUGCUUGGGGAGGCUCAGUUCUUUGGAUUUUGGACUGCUGCUAGACAAAACAUCUAGCAAUCUAAAGACAAUGUUGGUUGUGGUAAUUGGCAUUUAAACUUCUCUUGUUUUCUGAUUUCUUAAGAAUCAAAAGAUGUGAAAUACAACAAACACUGGUUUGUUAUAAUGAAACCAUCUCAAACAAUUUAAGGUGAAGAUUGUUUUUUGUUACGUAAACAUUGCUAAAUUUUCUAUUUCUCCUGUUGAAGCAAACUAUAAAACUUGUACUUUUCAUAAUGUUCUUGAUAAGUCAGCAGGUAUGUAAAGUCUGAACAUAGGAUGUUCUAACGGUGAAGUGAGAAUUUUCUGCAGCAUAAAUCCUCUUGAUUGUAAACUUCAGUUAAUUUAACCUCCCUCCAUAUAGAAAACAAGGAUUUGCCUCUUUAGUUUUUAUUUCAGUAGGCAACACCUGUUAGACAUUGUUGACGUCAUAGUUCAGAUUUACUAGAAAGCUAUAAUGGGAUUGAACAUUAUCGGAUGGUGGAAGAUUCACGAACAAGUUUUAUAUUUUAGAAUUUUUUUAAUAUAUAUUGGUCUAUUCUUUGCACAUCUUUUUUUUUUUUUUUUUUUUGAAUUCAUCUUUUUGAUGGGAAUUGAAACGUGAAGUGCUAAAGUCUACUGAGGCCUCAAGGUAAAAAAAAAGUUAUUUGUUUAAAAAUAUAUUUUGUUCUUGGCAGGAGUUUGGUUUUCAAAAUUUAAACUAAAAUGGAAUGGUUAAAUAUAUUAGGCUACUGCAUAUACAUGAUUAUUUAGGCUCAU